CCUAGCAACAUAAAAUGGAGUCCAUCUUUCCAUUCGGAGAUGGAUAAAUAUUCAAUAUUUUCUUGGAUUACUUAGAAUUGGACUUGAUUUGAAAUACCAUUUGGCAAAGAAGUCUUAUAUUUGCUGUGUUUUGAACAAAUAUAGACAAAAUGGCGGCAACCGAAAUGCAACAUCACGCUUUUAACCCAACACUGACUACCACACAGGCCAUCAUGCCCGAAAGACCUCGGGUACCCAUUGUAGCACACAUUAUCACAGAUGAUGAUAUCGGUGUUUUAAAGGGAACAAAGCUUCAACCAAUCAACUUGAGCAGGGUUGUAAAACUCCUUACAGAUCCACACUCGGUUCAUCUAAUUGACAGACAUAUCAAUGCUCUGCAGAGACUGGUGAAACAUUAUCAAAAGGGAUUUCCUAUGAAAGAUUUGGUUCAGGUCUUCAAGAUCCUGAAUGUGUGCUCGGACCGAGUGGCAGGCCAAGAUGAGGAGCCUCUCUUUGAAAAAAUUAUCUGUGAUAUUCUCAAAAUAUGUAGCUUACCUUUCCUCAAAGAGAAGUCGUCGGACGAGCUUGUUUUUGAACAGAUCGUGACAGAAUCUGUGUCACAAUUAGGAUAUUUAAUGCGAGUUCCAUCGAGAGAUAUAAGGAAGCAGAUCUGUGACACAUUGGUGGCAUUUUACAGCGAGAAACCAACCAACCAGGAUGUUCAAAAGCUGCAAGCUACGAGUUUGUCUUACAACAAGGGUGUGAUUGAGAACAGCGACGUAUCCGAAACCUUAGUCAAGUCCCUGGCAUUGCUGGAGAAAGAUGUGGACAUCAAACUGGCAGUGCUCAAUGUCCUACAGCAUUUUUCUAAAGGAUCAGAUAAGAACUGUGAUCAGAUGCUGAGAGCUGAAGCUGCCACCACAGUUUGUUCACGCUUGAUGGACCCUGACCCCACAGGUCAACUUCUGUUCCGCUCUGUCGAUAUUCUCUGGAACAUGUUGGAAAAUGGAGACCAAGGGCAACUCGCUGAGCAACUAAAUAAUCUGACCUGCAUCAGCCAACUCCGUGAUGCCUUUGUGUACCAGCUGACUCAAAGCUACAGUCAUUAUGGGAGACAACUCCGUAACGACCUCCUCGUCAUUGCCAUGUUAGUGGCGGCAAAAUGUCCCAAUGCCCCGUUUGUCGAGACAGGAUUCGCCAAACAGCUGACGCUGUUUGCAACAUUCCAGGAAGUGAAGAGUCACAAUGCUUUGGUGAAGCAUCUGAAGCUGAUGAAGAGCCAUGAGGACUUUGAGCUGAAGAAGUUGUUGUUCAGUAUCCUGGUGACACUGAGCAGGGAUCCGUCAGUUGUCCCAGUUCUAUCAGAGGGACAUCUGAUGCUGGCCCUGUUCUCCUUCGUGCGGGCCAAUGAGAACACCUCUGGUCCUCGAGAGUGGACCCCGGCCCAGUUUGAGGAGAUCCAACUCCACGCCAUGUCCUGUCUGUGUGCCCUCGUGCCCCUCAUGAUUGAGGACUACAUGACCUGUCAGGGCAGCACACGUCUGCUCCUCCUCUUGGAGUGGUGUGUAGGAGAAGAGGACUUUGGUGGCCAUGGAAACAGUUUCCAUGGUAAAGGUGGGCGUGGCAACAAGAGAGGGCAGAUGAGGCACUGUCUGCGUCUUCUGCGUAGCGUGGUAUCCACGGGAGACGAAGGCGUCUUACAGGAUCUGUCGGACCAAGGCGUCAUUAACCAAAUCAUCACCAUCUUGAAGAACGCCAUUAGGAGUGAGACAGAGGAUGAUGCUGUGGACAUUGAGAUGCAGUCAGAUAUGUUGCUGAUUCUGUCCUGUCUGUGUGAAGGGGACAUGCACAGAAAAGAGCUGUUUGGUACGGAGGGGGUGGAUGUGGUCAUCCAUUACCUGAGGACAAACUCCAGCUUUCUGAACAGUGGCCUCGGGCACCACCGACUCCUUCUGUCUGCAGUUGACUGUGUCUGGUGUGCCGUGGUUGGCUGUUACAUCACAGAGGACUACUUUUUGGAGAAAGAAGGCGUAUUCCUACUCAUAGACCUUCUGGAGGUCUGCCCUAAGAACACCCACAACCUGAUAUUGGGCUGCCUCCUGGACUUGUGUGAGAACCCCAAGACCAUCCACCACAUUCACACGUGGCGGGGCAAGGACAACUGCUCGGCAGCCCACCUGUUCUGUGACAUCUACAGGAAUGAGGAGAAAGACAUGGGGGUGAAGCGGGACAAGGACGGGGCCAUAGCCGAUAUCACCAAGCCUCUGAUGGGGGCCCUGCAGGAAUUCCAGGGGGUGGUUCCUCUCCCUGCCAGCAACCCUAGCCAGUCCAUCGUAGACGUGUCAGAAAACAUGAGGGCUAAGCUGUAUUCCCUGUUCUGUAAGAUUGGAUGGUCUGAUUUGUCUGGACUCACUGUAGAGGAUCAUGUGACUCUGGUUGUGUUGGAAAAAUACCUGGAUUUCAAGAUGGGAGAAGUCUGGACAGAGAUAAUUCAGGAGCUCCAUGCAGAAAACGUCCGACCUGUGACCCCCGAUAUGGAGGCCAUUGAGGCCAUUUCCCGCGGAAUCGAGGAGCGGGCAAAGAUCGUGGCAGGCACACAGUACGAGCUACUAGAGGCCCAGCAAAAUCAAGACGCUCUGGAUGAACAAGAGUUUUAUGCCGAGAUUCGCGAGAAUCACAGGCAGAAGGAGAAAGCAAUGAAUGACUUCACAGAUUUCGUGGCUCGAACCUCAAAUUUCCAACUUCUGAAGGCGGCCAAGAAAAGACAGGCUCUGUCAAUAGAAGCUUCUUUGAUGGGCAACAAAUACAGAGAACAAGAGAACUUCCACGAGACAGAGUUGAAGAAUGUCCAUGCCACAGCGAUCUGUAACAAGACUGUGGCUGUAGAGAGCACCCCCUUGUCACUGACCGGCGGCCCCCUGGCCAAGUACGACCCAAAGCUCGGCACCACUCAGUCCAGGAAAAUCCUCAAGCAGAAAAUGACCACCAUGAGCUCCAAGAAAUGAUGAGAUAUUGAUGUAUACAUAAGGAGUUUCGAAUGGAAUGAGUUUUGUGGCCUUCGGUGAAUAAAGGCAAUAUGGACAAUAGAAGAAGGAGAAUUUGAUGUGAUUUUUUUUUCUCCAACUGUUUUGUAAACAUUUGUAUGCAAAAUAUCUAUUAUUUAUCAUUCUAAUAAAAUUGAUCUUUGAAAGAAAAAUUCAAAGCGUUUCUU